AUGUAUCCACUCUUUUGCAUUGAUCAAGGGAGUGCAAUUUCAAUCAAAAAGCUACCAUGCUUCUUCCAGUAUUUGCAAGCUUCCACUGUUUUGGGACAGCUCCCAUGUAGAAGCAGCCAUUUCCAGUAUUGCCAAGCAAUGCUAUCAUCUGGUGUUGGAUUGAAUGACACAAUGUCAUCGCUUAUGUUCAAGGACUAUACAGUCUUAUAUAACUGGUUUCUCUACAAAUGGGGCAUAACUCCAGGAAAUACUACCAAUAUGUUGAAUGUAUGCAACUCACUAGAGUUCUUCAAUGGAUGCAUGUCCAACGAUAAAGGAUGCUUCCAGGUUCAAAAUCUUAUGGCCCAGACUGACAUAAACAAUGCCUUCGCUAUCGAUGGUACUUUGGCCAUGUAUCAAUUCAACUGUGGACCAGGAAUCAACAGACUCGCCUGUGCUCAGAACAUCAUCAACGGGUAUCAAAAUUAUCUACAAGCAUGUGUUGCAACAUAUAUGUCUUCUAUAACCUAUGACUUUAGCAAUGGAUGCAAAUAUGUGAAAAACCUCAUGAAUUGUUGGUCAUCGCCAUUUGGUGGUGGUGGCAGCAUGGCAACACCCGACUGCCGCCGAGGUGCAAAUGCUGACUUGUGGUGGGCAUGUGAGGCAAACCGAGUGUUUACCUUGGGUCAAUUCCCUAAUUGUGGAUAUAGUUGCGAUGAAAAUAAAAAUAUUUUUCCAAAAUUGAUUAGCGGCCUUACACCCACAAUCUCUAUGAUUUUUCUACUCUCUAAUCACGCAAUCUUGUGGGAUUUGCUUAAAUUGACAGUUCCAGUGCAACAACAAUCUGCUCUGCUGGCGGAUCAUCUCGAAACGCAUCACAAAGUGGGUAAUGUUUUCUUUGGAAGUUCCUGA